AUGAGCGGUGCCCCGAAGGCAAAGGUUAUUCCAUCCACACACCUUGAAGAUAUGGCAGACGAAGGUGCGGGUUUCGGCGGCUUCGCUGCAGGUGAGAUAGGGCAAUAUCCGCACGAUCCGGAGAUGGCAAGUAUCCCCGACUUUAACUCGCUGACAAUUGUGCCGUGGCGGAAAAACAUAGCGUGGGUAGCAGGAGACAUGUAUGUUGAAGGCGAGGCGUGGCACUACUGUCCGAGAACCAUUCUGCGGCGGCAAUUGGAAAAAGCAAGGGAGAAAGGUUAUAUCUUCAACGUCGGCAUAGAGGCGGAAUUCAUGCUGUUGAAACAGGAUGAGACCGGUUCCUACGCGCCAUGGGAUAAACUCGACACUCUGGAUAAGCCGUGCUACGAUCUAAGGGCACUCCAUCGCAACCUUGAUACGAUGACGACGCUGAUUAAAUACAUGCAAGAAUUGGAGUGGGAGCCCUACGCAAACGAUCAUGAAGAUGGAACGUGUCAGUUCGAGGCAAACUGGACCUAUUCGGACGCACUUACGACAACAGAUAGGCACACUUUUUUCAAGUGGAUGGUCAAAACGCUUGCGGAGGAACGUGGGCUGCUGGCAACGUUUAUGCCGAAACCGUUUACCAAUUUGACGGGCAAUGGGGCACACUUCCACAUGAGCCUCUGGGAUGAGGAGAAUCAAACGAAUCUGUUCCUGAAUGAGACUGAUAAAAAUGGCUUGUCUCAACUUGCUUACUGGUUUACGGGCGGUAUUCUCAAACAUGCGAAAGCAGUAACGGCGGUUACGAAUCCGCUUGUGAACAGCUACAAACGUUUAGUUCGCAGACCACCGCGUUCCGGUUCAUCGUGGGCACCGGUUUACGUCACCUAUGGGGCGAACAAUCGGACGCAGAUGAUUCGUAUUCCUGCACCGGGACGGAUCGAGAACCGAUUAGGCGAUGGAGCGUCGAAUCCUUACCUCGCGGCGACAGUUCUGCUUGCCGCCGGUUUGGAUGGCAUCGAAAAUCAGAUCGAUCCGGGAGCACAGAACGAGGAUAACCUUUAUGAGGUGCCGGAGGACGAAUUGCAACAGCGGGGUAUCGGUUCUCUACCUGCGACGCUCGGCGAAGCGGCAGAUGCCCUCGAAAAAGAUGAAGUCAUCAAGAAUGCGCUCGGAAUGGAGUAUGCCGAAUAUUACAUUCAGGUUAAACGCCAAGAAUGGCGGAACUACCAUCUGAGCGUCAGCCAAUGGGAGCUUGAUAACUAUCUGGAAGUUUAUUAA